UUGACCACUUCCUUUUCCUUCUUCCUCUCAUAUUAUACUCUUCUGUAGAAAACACUCGCUGUUCAUCUUGUUGCUUCCGUCUCUUACUCGUUUUUGUAGGAAGAAACGCCGAAAUUUCCUACUGAAUGAGCUGAGAAUGAACUAUUGCUCGCAAUUCUUUUCAGGUAGUUGAAUGUAACAAUUUGAAGCUUCAAGUGAAACAAAAAGGAGUUCAUCAGUUACAGAUAUGAAUUUCAAACCUAACCGAUUUGUUAGGUUUAAGGCUGCUCCUAGUUCACAAAGUUCACCGAGUUUUCAGAAUCAGUAUUAUCAAGAAAACGGUUUUUUAAAGAGAAAUGGUGAUGCAAUUAGAAGUUUUAUCACAGGAAAUAUUAGAAAAGGAUUUGAAAGUGGUUCUAGAAGUAUUCAAACAACCUUCAAACGAUUUUUGAAUGGUUUUAAGCCACAUGAAAAACCGAAUGAAGGGGAAUCCAAGAAGAAAAUAUUUCAUCCUCAAGGAUCAUUGCUUCUGAAGUGGAACAAGAUGUUCGUGCUCUUAUGUGUAAUAGCGGUGUCUUUAGAUCCAUUGUUUUACUACAUACCAGUCAUCGAUGCCGUGAAAAACUGCUUCACGUUGGACAGAGAUUUGCAGAUUAUUGCUUGUGUUCUACGAACAUUUGUAGAUAUUUUAUAUAUACUACGCAUCAUAUUUCAAUUCCGCACUGGGUUCAUUACUCCUUCAAAUGUACUUGGAAGGGGUGAAUUGGUUGAAGAUCCUUAUGCUAUUGCAAAACGUUACUUGUCUUCCUACUUCAUUGUUGACAUUUUGUCAAUUCUUCCACUCCCACAAGUAGUCAUUCUAAUUAUUCCUCAAUUCUCGAAUUCACCAAUAUCAAUGAUCACAAAGAAUACAAUGAGGUAUGUAAUUUUGGUCCAGUACUUGCCCAGAUUCUUUCGAUUCUAUCCUCUGUAUUCAGAAGUUACACGUUCCUCUGGCCUAUUUACUGAAAAAGCUUGGACUGGAGCAGCCUUUAAUCUUCUCCUCUACAUGCUAGCCAGUCAUAUUGUUGGAGCCUUCUGGUAUUUAUUCUCUGUAGAAAUAAAAAAUAGCUGCUGGCUUAUUGCAUGCAACACGGAUAGUAACUGUAAUGCAAAUAGUUUGUAUUGUGAAAGUCGUCACGACAGCAAAAACUAUACAUUUUUAGACGCUGCUUGCCCUUACCUUGAACAAAAGGAUAUCCAUACUUCAAAGGAUUUUGAUUUUGGAAUCUUUAUCGACGCUCUUCAAUCUCGUGUGGCAGAAUCAGAAUCCUUUAGGCACAAGUUCUUAUACUGUUUUUGGUGGGGACUGCGAAAUUUGAGUUCUCUUGGCCAAAAUCUCAAAACUAGCACAAACAUUGCUGAGAUUCUGUUUGCAGUCUUUAUUGCCAUCCUUGGACUGUUGUUAUUCUCCUUGCUUAUUGGAAAUAUGCAGAAAUACCUGCAAUCUAUAACAUUAAGAGUAGAAGAAAUGAGAGUGAAAAGACAGGACGCAGAGCAAUGGAUGUCUCAUCGCAUGCUCCCUGAGGAGGUGCGACAACGAAUUAGGCGGUACGAACAGUACAAAUGGCAAGAAACAAGGGGAGUUGAAGAGAAUUCUCUAAUCAGAAACCUUCCUAAGGACAUCAGGAGAGACAUCAAAACCCAUCUCUGCUUGGGUCUAGUCACCAGAGUGCCAAUGUUUGAGAAAAUGGAUGACCAAUUAUUAGAUGCAAUUUGUGAUCGUCUGAAGCCUGUUCUAUUCACUGCGAAUAGUUUAAUAGCACGCGAAGGGGAUCCAGUUGAUGAGAUGGUUUUCAUAAUGAGGGGAACUCUUGAAACAAUGACUACAAAUGGUGGUAGAACCGGUUUUUUCAAUUCAGAGAAUCUUAAAGAUGGAGAUUUCUGUGGAGAACAACUUCUUACAUGGGCUCUUGAUCCCAAUUCUUCCAGUCUUCCAUCCUCAACCAAUACUGUACGAGCCAUUACAGAUGUUGAAGCUUUUGCUUUAGUAGCUGAAGAUCUCAAGUUUGUCGCCUCCCAGUUCAGAAGGCUCAAUAGUAAAGAUAUUCAGCACACAUUUAGGUACCACUCGCCUUAUUGGAGGACAUGGGGAGCGAGUUUCAUACAAAUAGCAUGGCGUCGUCAUUGCAGAAGAAACCUAGAGAAGGCAUUAAUCGAAGAAGAAAAGAAACUAAAUGAUGCAUUAGCAAAAGAGACAGAUGAUGGUUCUAUAAGUUUUGGUGCAGCCAUUUAUGUAUCAAAAUUUGCCACAAAUGCAAUUCGCAAUUUACGCCUCCAUUACAAACAUAGUUCCAAGCUUUCAACUAGGCUACCACCACUUCUUCAGAAACCAUCUGAACCCAAUUUCACAGAUGAAGGUUAACAGGUACAGGCUUCUAACCAUUACAGUACAUAACUUCAUUAUUUAUAUAUGUUUGCUUUGUUAAAUGCAAUUCUUUUUCUUUCUUUUCAUUUUGUAUCAUGCUUGUAUAUGUAUAAUAUUGUUAAAUGCCUUUAAAAGGAUAAUUUUUAU